AUGGCUACUAUCAUCCCUCCUCCCUCCAAAAAGCAAAAAAGAGCUCAACAACAACCAAAGGAAGUGGAUUUAAUUCCAACCGAUUUACCACAUGUCUCUAUUAGAUUCCAAGCUUUAGAUACGGGUGAAAAUGUUGGAGGUUCUUUAAGAGUUCCAGGUGGUAUUACAGAAAAACAACUAGAAGAAUUGUUAAAUCAGCUUAAUGGGUCGAGUGAUGAACCAGUUCCAUAUACAUUCAGCUGCUCUAUUCAACCAAAGAAGAAUGAACCUGCCAAAACUAUAGAUAUAACAGAUAAUUUGUAUUCUUCAUUACUGAAGCCAGGCUACAAUACUACUGAAGAUAUAAUCACCUUGAUAUAUACUCCUCGGGCUGUUUUCAAAGUUAAACCAGUUACUAGAAGUUCAUCUGCCAUUGCAGGCCACGGUUCAACAAUAUUAUGUUCUGCAUUUGCUCCAAAUUCAAGCUCAAGAAUGGUUACUGGUGCAGGUGAUAACACAGCAAGACUUUGGGAUUGUGAUACCCAAACCCCAAUGGCUACAUUAUCAGGUCAUUCCAAUUGGGUUCUUUGUGUUGCUUGGUCUCCAGAUGCUGAAGUCAUUGCUACUGGUUCCAUGGAUAAUACAAUCAGAUUAUGGAAUGGUAUUAAUGGUAAACCUAUUGGUGAUUCAUUAAGAGGACACUCUAAGUGGAUCACUUCAUUAGCUUGGGAACCUUUACAUCUAGUUAAAGUUGGCCAAAAACCACGUUUAGCUUCUGCUUCUAAGGAUGGUACCAUUAAAGUUUGGGAUACCACUGGUAGAGUGUGCUUAUAUACUUUAAGUGGACAUACAAGUUCUGUAUCAUGUGUUAGAUGGGGUGGACAAAAUAUGCUAUAUACUGGUUCGCAUGAUAAAACUAUUAGAGUUUGGGAUAUGAAUUCAAACGGUAGAUGUAUAAAUAUUUUAAAAUCUCAUGCUCAUUGGGUUAAUCAUCUUUCUCUAUCAACUGACUAUGCCUUAAGAAUUGGUCCUUUUGAUCAUUCUGGUGCAAAACCAGCUAUUGCAGAAGAAGCUAGAGAUAAAGCCUUAAAGAAUUAUGAGAAAAUAGUCAAGAAAAAUGGUCAUACGGAAGAAUUAAUGGUUACUGCAAGUGACGAUUUUACUAUGUUCUUAUGGAAUCCAUUAAAAUCUACAAAACCCUUAGCAAGAAUGACAGGACAUCAAAAAUUAGUAAAUCAUGUAGCUUUCAGUCCAGAUGGUAGACACAUCGUUUCUGCAUCAUUUGACAAUUCUAUUAAAUUAUGGGACGGUAGAGAUGGUAAAUUUAUUUCUACUUUUAGGGGUCAUGUAGCAAGUGUUUAUCAGGUAGCCUGGUCCUCAGAUUGCAGAUUAUUGGUCUCUUGCUCAAAAGAUACUACUUUAAAAGUCUGGGAUGUUAGAACUAAAAAAUUAUCUGUCGACUUACCAGGUCAUCAAGAUGAAGUUUUCACAGUAGAUUGGAGUGUAGAUGGUAAGAGAGUAUGCAGCGGUGGAAAAGAUAAGAUGGUAAGGCUAUGGACACAUUGA